AUGCAACCAAUCAGCAUUCUUAUGAUGUUUAUUAUUGGUUAUAUAACAUUAUUAGCUGUGACUUGUGCUCUUUCGGAGCAACAAAAUCCUGUUGCCGAUCUGCGUAUUAAACGAGCAUUAGCACAAAAACGAUUCUAUGAUUUUGGUUCUCGAUCAGUCGACGGUGAAGAUGCUAGUUUACGAAAUUCAGAUGAUGAAUAUGAUCGUGCUCAGCGAUUCUAUGAUUUUGGCUCACGAAAACGUUUCUAUGACUUCGGUUCGAAGAAACGAUCCAAUGAAUAA